GUUUCAUGAACGGGCCAGAUAUGGAUUAAAGGAACAAUCUGAUAUUUGCUAAUUUUUAUAUAAUAUUUCCAUUUUUAUGCUUUUUUCUAAACCUGUUUACUGCUCGUUGGAAGUCGCUGCCCGGACUUCACGUAUGAAAUAUUUUAUUGCACCUGAAAUACCCCCACAGCUUCUCACUGCUUAUGAUGUCCGCUGAUUGUCCUCUGAAUUCGGCCCCCAAACCUUCCCCUUUGUGAUAGAGAAAUACUUCUGCUUACGCCUGGAUUUCCUGCCUCCGGGGGGUUUAUUAGAAGCGCACGAGGCUUUCUGAUUGAGUAGAAAUUCAGUAAAAAAAAGAAAAUUAAAAGCAAAAAAAAAUGUUUUCGGCUUUGAAGAAACUGGUGGGGUCGGAGCCUUCGGCCGUCCGAGACAAAAACAUCCCAGCAGGACUGCAGUCGAUGAACCAGUCCCUACAGAGGAGAUUUGCCAAGGGAGUGCAGUAUAACAUGAAAAUUGUUAUCCGAGGAGACCGUAACACGGGGAAAACCACUCUGUGGCACCGCCUGCAGGGGAAGAAGUUUGUGGAGGAAUAUAUUCCUACUCAGGAGAUCCAGGUCACCAGCAUCCACUGGAACUAUAAAACCACUGAUGACAUAGUGAAGGUAGAAGUUUGGGACGUGGUUGACAAAGGGAAAUGUAAGAAGCGCGGAGAAAGCUCCCUGAAACUGGAGAACGAGCCGCAGGAGGGGGACGCAGAGUUGGCACUGGAUGCAGAGUUCUUGGAUGUCUAUAAGAAUUGCAACGGGGUGAUCAUGAUGUUUGACAUCACCAAGCAGUGGACAUUUAACUACAUCCUGAGAGAGCUGCCGAAGGUCCCUAACCAUGUGCCGGUGUGUGUGCUGGGCAAUCACCGUGACAUGGGGGAGCAUCGUGUGAUCCUGCCCGACGACGUGCGAGAUUGCAUCGAGAAACUGAACCGACGCCCGGGUUCUUCCUACAUCCGCUAUGCUGAGUCCUCCAUGAAGAACAGCUUUGGGCUGAAAUACUUGCACAAAUUUUUUAACAUCCCUUUCCUGCAGCUCCAGAGAGAGACCUUGUUACAGCAGCUGGAGACCAAUCAGCUGGACAUCGAUGCGACUCUAGAGGAGCUGUCUGUCCAGCAGGAGACGGAGGACCAGAACUACGAAAUAUUUCUGGAAAUGUUGGAAAACAAUAAACGGCUGGCGUCCCCAGCGGCCACCAACGGCCAAAGCCCAACUUCUGGCUCUCAGUCUCCUGUGGUCACUGUGAAUUCUGGGUCUCCGGAGAGUUCCAGCCCUGGAACGCCGCUGCAGCCCUCUUCUGUAAUUCCGGCUAACCCCCCAUUGGCCGCAUCCCCACCGCCUCCUGCAUCGGACCUCCCGGAACCCAUGGCUCCAUCGCCUUCCUCCGUGUCGUCUCCAACUCCUCCUCAAGCAUCUCAACAAAAGCGUGGAUUUAUCUCUCGGCUUUUUGGCUCCUCCACCCCAGAGAACCCUCCGCUGAAAACAGAAAACAAUGCGUCUCCUGUUGAUCCGAUACCGAAAGUGCAGAGCGUGGAGGACUUUAUCCCCGAUGAGAGCUUGGAUCGCAGCUUUCUGGAGGAUAGUGGAGUACAGAAAGAGCCGGAGAGAGCGCCCACCAGAACGAGGAGAGACAGCGACAGCGAUGGGGAUGUUCCGGGUGUGAACCCAAUGGUCGCCAGAUUUCAGGACGACUUGGAUCUUGAAGACCGGCCAGUGGAGAAAGCAAACGCGCUCUCGGUGGUCCCCAGCAAGAACAUCACCUUGUCCAGUGAUGAAGAAGGGUCCGCUCCAAACGUCCUCAUCACUGCAGACGAAGAUAUCGACUCGGAGCCGGAGAAAUGGAAAGCCUCGCAGACCCUCGCUUCUCAGACACAACCCCCAAAACACAGCCAACCCCAGGUGAAGGGACCUCCUGCGGGGAAAAACUCCACCAAACCGAAGAAAGGGAACCCAGAGGUCCAGGAGGAGUCCGAUAGUGACCGAGAGGGGCCGAUAGCCACACAGAUGCUCUCUUUUGUCAUGGAUGACCCCGAUUUCGAUAGCGAAGAUUCAAGCAAAGUCACCAAAAAGCCGGACGUGUUCCCGGUACUGAGCAAUAUGUCCGACAGCUCCAGUGAAGAAACUGCCCCAACUCAACCUCCGCCACAGGCAACCAAACCCAUCGUGCCAGCCUUCAAAAUGAAGGAGGACACCGAUCUUUUUGGGCUUGGAUUGGAGGAGAAAGUGACAAAAGACGACAGCGAGGAAGAUAAAGACAGCAAAACUCAUAAAGAAAAGAAGAAAAAGAAGAAGAAAUCCAAAGAGGGCUCCGAAGAGGACAAAUCGACGAAGAAAAAAAGUAAACUGAAGAAAAGCAAAGAGAAGGAAGAUGGGAAAGAAGAGAAGAAGAAAAAGAAGACCAAAAAGAGCAGUGAGAAGGACGAAUAUGAUGAGCUUGAAGCCUUCCUGGGUGGUGGGGCCCCAAGCCGGCCCCGCUCAGGCGGGGAGUACGAGGAGCUCUAAGCAGGAGGGACCCUUUUUUUCCGUGCCUGUUUCAAGCCCACAAGCCCACCUCCUCUUCCACGUCUCCCUCAUCCGACGCUGAGCUUGGAAAAAGAAGACUCGCUUGUGCUCGCUCCACGUAAACGGUUUUAAAGCGAACCUUUUCCCCAGGCCACUUUUGGAACAGCCUUGUACAGCGUAUAACUUCCGUGUAUCACACGGGCAGAAUAUCUUUCAGGGACGGACCGCCGGGCUGUAUGAGUUAUUUGCAUACCUAAACUGGCUGUUGAUAUCACUAAACCAUGUUAUGUUUUUUUUUUUUUAUUAUUUUGAGUGACAGGUAAAAAAAAAAAUCUAUGUUCACAGGGGAGGAAAAAAAAUACUGCUUGCGAAAAAUCAUCCAAGAUUCCGAAGUAAUGAACGUUCUGCAGAUUUGAAUAAGAAACUCCGCACCCUAAGAAACUCACUAAAGCUGCUAAAAUAUAGCGAGACACACAUGAAAAA